AUGGAUAUACUUACUGUGAAUUGUUUAAUUCGAAAAAGCUUUCCAGAAUUUUUUGAAUAAAUAAAUUAAUUGAAAAUAAGGUCCAAAUAUUUGUUAAGUAAAAGAAACAAACCAAAGCAAUUAAAAAUAUUUCGCGCUUAUCAAAGAAAUAAAACACAAGUUAAAGUUUGGAGUAAGGCUAAAAAAACACAUUUAAAUAAGUAAGUAAGUUAAAAUAAGCAGAGUGAAAUGAAUACAUUUAGUGAAUAAAAGAAUAGAAGAUUUGAGUAGGGUUUUUUGGGGGACAAAAGUUAUGAAAUAUCUAUGCAUAAUUUGAAAUCUCCAACUCUUAAGCUUUCGUUUGAUAUGCAUCAUUUAAGCUUGAACAAGCAAUCGAAUUAUCUUGGCUUGAGAAACCAAAAAUACUUUAACUCAAAUUUGACAUUAAAGGAUGAUAAUUCAGGACGUAAAAUUAGGGCUCACAUAACACCUUACAGCUAAUCUAACUAUGAUUUCUAAAUAUCUUAGUUAUUGAAAUCAACUAAAAAGUUUGAAACAAAAAUAUUAGCAAACCUAACUAAAAAGUGUGAUGAGCUGUCCAAAGAUCACUAUAAAGAUUACUCGCUAGGAGGCUAGAUAAAAUCGAAUAGUUUUUAUAAUAAAAUAUUGUGCAACUAUGAUGAAAAAAGUGGAAUUGGAUUAGAAUUUUCUGUGAGAUUUUUUAACUAUAAUAGGUACAACAUCAAACUUAAUUCUUCUUCUAAGUAGGAAGUAUAAAAUGAGUAAGAAAAUUAGCAAUAAAGUGAACACAGUAGCAAUUAAAAUAAUUAAAUAAGUCUUUUGUAAAGCGCCUCAAAUGUACAAAAUGUGGAAAAGCCUUUUAAAUUUGAAUUUAGUUUUCAUUUUAAAACAAAAUCAGAUUUGGAUAAAUUUUAAUAUAGCAUUUUCACAGAUUUAUUAUUUAAAAAGUAUGAAGCUAUGAUAAGUGCAAACUUCUAAGGCAAAAGCCUGAAAGAAGUAUUGUGCUUGCUAAGAUAUAACUCCUCUUUGUGGCUUAAGCUAGUUAGCGGUAACAACGAUCCAAACAAUUAUAAUUAGGGAGGAGUAGAACUAGUUUACCAACACGACUUUAAUAAAUUCAUCCACCUAAAAAAUUAUAUUAAUUCUAAUUACACUAUCGCUACUCAGCUCUCAUAUAAUCCCUCAGAUUUUGUAUCUCUUAUUUAUUCUGCAACUAUAAACAUACAAAAAUUUAAAUAAGACAGCGAAGACUAUAAAGUUGGAUACGGGAUACAUUUUAAUUUUUGA